AUGGCAACUUCCAGUAAACCAACUGAUUGCUUUCAUAGAGAUGUCGACAAUUUACAACUGGAAUUAUUUUGUCUUAUCUGGUUGGAUGCUAAUAGCAACGGUAAAGAAGCUCGCGAUACCGAACGAAAAUUACGCUCUAUCAUUAAUCAUCUACAGAAGUUCCAAGAUGUAGAUCAAUGUCAAAAGUUCAUUGAAAAGCGAUCAAAAAAUGAGCGAGUUGUCAUGAUUGUUAGUGGUCGAUUGGGACGAGAAAUAGUCCCUGCGAUUUACAAACUGCGACAAGUUAUAUCGAUCUAUGUAUAUUGCAUGGAUAAGAAAGGUAACAAGAAAUGGGCUGACAAAUUUGCAAAAGUGAAAGCUGUUGAUACUGACCUCGAUGAACUCAUCUGCAGAAUAAAAGCUGAUCAUAAAAUCCAGAAAAAAGUGGAAGAGCCAUUAUCGAUUAGUAUUUUUAACACAAACGCUGGUGCAGGUAAAUCAACAACAGGUCUAAACGGACAAUUUGUUUUUUCUCAAGUUCUGAUCCAUUGUCUUUUGCAACUGAAAUACACUGCUGCAAAUAAAAAUGAACUUAUUGUUUUUUGUAAACAACAAUAUAAAGAGAAUGAUUUCGAAUUGAGCAACAUUCAGGAAUUUCAAGAUGAUUAUUCAUCUGGCAAUGUUUUAUGGUGGUACACACGAGACUCUUUCUUUUACAAGACUCUUAAUGCAGUUCUUCGUGAUCAAAAUAUUCAUGCAAUGUUCUUGUUUCGUUCAUAUAUCUCAGACAUUCAAGACCAAUUGAAAAAUCAUCAAGCUGAGAAAUCUAUAAAACUUUAUCGAAGUCAAAUGAUAUCUAGUGAUGAACUGCAAACUUUGAAACAAACGCUUGGCCAAUUUAUUUCAAUAAAUUCAUUUUUUUCCACUAGUACUGAUAAAAAGCAGGCUCUUGCAUUUCUCGAUAUUCCAGAUGGUGUGGAGAAUUUAGAACCAGUAUUAUUUGAAAUCGAUGCCGAUCCUAAGAUGGCUGCUGGAAAACCAUUUGCUGAUAUUAGUCCAUAUAGCGACUAUAAAGAUGAAUCUGAAGUCCUAUUUAUGCUUGGUUCUAUAUUUCGUGUGAAAAGUGCCAAUCGUAGCAGCAAUAACAAAGUAUGGAUUAUUCAAAUGACAUUGUGCAGCGAUAAUGAACAUGACUUACAACAAGUUCUCAUGGAAAUGAAAGAACAACUUGGGAAUGAAGAGACAAAUCUUCAAACAUUAGGAAAACUACUGUGGGAGAUGAGUAAACUUGAUCUGGCUGAGAAAUAUUUUAUUCACUUGUUAAAACAGCUCCCAGUCAAUGAUCCUUUACUUCUUAGUUUAUAUCAAGAUCUUGGAAAACUCGCAUCCCAAACCGGUGAUUUAGAUAAGAGUAUGGAAUGGCGUCGAAAAGCUAUUACCAAGGGGGAAAAAACUCAUUCCGAGCCAUUCGAAUGGCUAGGAAUGGAUAGGAAUGGAUCGGAAUGGAUCGGAAUGGAUCGGAAUGGAUAG